CGGCGCCGCCCCUCCUCGGGGUCAGCCCGGCUGCGCGCGGCUCGGGCGGGCGCCGGGUCUCGUCCCAGUCAGGACCCGGGCGCGGGCGCGAUGGCGAGCGCGGCACUGAGGGUCGCCGGGCGGCAGCUGAGCCAGCGCAGCGGGGCCGGAGCCCCCGUCCUCCUGCGGCAGAUGUUUGAGCCCAAGAGCUGCACCUACACGUACCUGCUGGGAGACAGGGAGUCCCGCGAGGCGGUCCUGAUCGACCCGGUUCUGGAGACGGCGCCUCGGGAUGCCCAGCUGGUCAAGGAGCUGGGGCUGCGGCUGCUGUACGCUGUGAACACCCACUGCCACGCCGACCACAUCACAGGCUCAGGGCUGCUGCGCUCCCUGCUGCCCGGCUGCCGGUCGGUCAUCUCCCGCCUCAGUGGGGCCCAGGCUGACUUGCACAUCGAGGAGGGCGAUGCCAUCCGCUUUGGACGCUUU